CCCAUGACGAUAAGAUAGGAUAGAAAAUCAGGAAUACAAAAAAGGUAGAUUGCUAACUACCUUAGUUUGUGGAAAAAUGGAGCAUGAAGGAAGAAAUGGUCAAAGCACACCGUUGUUUGAAGCGCCGCCUCGAGAAUGCAYCAGGGAGAAUUCAGAAGAUAAAGGAUUUUUUUUCGGCGCGUUCUUUAGGUCCAAAGAGAGUUCCAGUACGUCCCAAGGAGAUCCUAGAUCAUGGCGUCUGUUGGCUUUGGUAGUUUCUCUUGUUUCCAUAAUUGUGAUUCUUGUCCUUGGAAUCGCUGCCAUUGUGUGCUCUGAGGUGUCUAACAGUUCCGCUGAAUUCGCUUUCGCUUUUGAUGCUCUGCUAGGGCUGUUUUCGUCAUGUAGCGUUAUGUGGCGUUUCUACAAACGUCUCGCGCCGAGUGAGGUUUCAAAGAAGGAGAAGACGGCGUGUAUCAUUAUUGCUGUUGGCUUCGUGUUGUCAGCAGUGAUGAUGUUCACGCGUGCUGUUUAUUGCCUUGCCAACCAUGUCGAGCCAUUAAAAACGAUAUCCAUCAUUGUGAUUUCAACGCUGGGAUUCCUGUGUUAUUCGCUUUUAUUCUAUGCAAAAUAUAAAGUGGCGCAGAACCUUCACAGCGUUACCAUGAGAACGGAUUCGUUCGACUCGGCRUGUGGUGCUGUCAUGGCUCUUGGAAUCCUUGUGAGUAUAAUCCUUUACAAGCAGGCAGCAGAGACCUGGUGGCUUGAUCCAGUCAUUGCCAUGGUGAUUGCCAUGGUAACAUUUACAUAUGGCAUUUGUAUUAUGGUUAAAGUCACUUUACGAGAAGGAUUUGGUGAGCCAGAAGAGUAUGAACAAUUCUACUAA